AUCAAAACGCUGCUGAUGUUUAUUUCUAUAAUAUAUUUUGUUGUCUAUUUACGAAAAGGGAUGGAAUCAUUAAAUUUGCUUAGUUGCCGAAUGUGCCUAUCAAUCCCAGAUGAAAAAGCAUUAACUUUUUCAGUUUUUGAUACAUUUAAAAAUAGAUUGAUCCAGGAUAUAAUCUACGAAUUGUUCAGUAUUAAGAUAACGAAAGAGGAUCGCUUAUUAACCAUUUGUCUGGAAUGUGUGAACUGUAUCAAUACUGUUCAGAAGAUACAUCAACAAUUUGCGGAAAGCAACCAGAAACUAAAAAGUCUUUUGGGAUUUACAGAAGACAUCAAUGAAGUUGAGCUACUCAUUAUCGAUGACAAUGACCAGGUGUUACAAAACACUAUCUCACCAAAAGGGUCGGACCUUGAACUAGAAGUAUUGUCCCUUACUGCAGAAACGGAAGUAACAUCGUCUGAAGAUGUAGACAAUAUCAAACUCAUUUCGAUUGAGGAACAUGCAAGGCUAGAAGCUGUUGAAGUCAACAGAUCUGACGAUGUGAAAAAUGAUUCAGUUGAAGAAGAGAUCACAAGUUAUGUUUGGAAGACAAACGAUGGCUUAGAUUCCGAGAAACAAAUUCCGCGGAAAAGAAUCAAAGAGGAAGUAACCAAAAGAAUUCCACUUCAUAAAUGCUACUUAUGUCUGACUUCUUUCGAUAGUGAGAUGGCAUUCACAGAACAUUUACAUGUACAUUUCGGAGAAGUUCCUAUUACCUGCGAUAAAUGCGAUAACCUUGUACUGAAGUCUGUGCGACAAGCCAGUAAGCAUUUAGCAUUACAUGACGAAGAUGACCGUCCGCACAAGUGUCGUAUUUGUGAGCUAAGGUUUUUUACAAGAGAAAACAGUCUUACUCACGAAAGAAAAAUUCACCGAAUGAAGGUGAAACUGCAACAGAACAUCGAUGGGUACGCCGAUAGACGCAAGUUAAAGAAAUACCAGUGCAGUUACUGUGGCCAACUUGCUCCCACUAGCGACUGUUUGAGAAAACAUGAGCUUUUACAUGGUUCUCAGGUUUUUCACACAUGCGAGAUUUGUCCGAAGCGAUUUACGGCUAGGAAGAAUUUGACGCGACACAUGAUGAUCCACACUGGUGAGCUUCCAUACAAGUGCGAUUUUUGUGAUCGUGCCUUCCGACAGGCAGGUGAUUUGAAGGACCACAUUCGAGGGCACACAAAAGAAAAUCCUUAUAUUUGUACUGUAUGCGAUGCUUGCUUCCGCAAUGGAAAAACCUUACUAGUUCAUCAGAAAAAGCUUCAUCCUGAGUCGCUCAAAAGAUGAAGGUUCAUAGCAAAGUAAAAAACCUUAUCAAAUAACAGGUAAUAUUAAUAUUUUAGAAAAUCCCUAAUCAGUCAAAAAGAUCCGGUGAGUUUUCUCAUCACAUUGCAUUAGUUUUGCAUAAAGCUCUUAAAUUUGUUCCAUUCAACUUGAACCAAAAAUCCGACAACACGUAUGAAAUGCGUGAAUCCCCUAGAACAACUUUAUAUGAUGAGUAGAAACGUGAGAUAGCAGGUACACCAAAAUUAAAGUGAACAUAAUUUAUGUCAGUUCUUUUCCGGGCAU